AUGGACACAGGGAUGAACAGCUCGCGCUGCCCUCGGCCAGCUUCAAAGAAUUAUCAUGAGAUGGAGCAUAAGAUCGUGAACGCGUUGCACGACAACCAAAGGGAGAGGAUUUGUCACUGUCCAAUUAACGCUCGCUCCCCUCGAGCCCUGAUAAAGAUCCCAGGCGCCCGCGGGGCCCGCGCGCCGGUAAGCGGGGCUGGGGCGGGCGGCGGGGCGCGCGACCGGCCGCGCGUAACCGGCUCUUCCUCUUCCCCCCGUGCUGCAGGCGGCGGCUUCCCGCAGGAGUGGGCGGGCGAGCAGGCGGCGGGCUUCUAUCAGCGCCCCCCGCCCGGCACCCACAAGCAGAAGCAAAACAAAAAGAAAAAAGAGCCAGUCUUCUCCCAUUAUUGUGAUACCUGUGACCGGGGCUAUAAAAAUCAGGAGAAGUAUGAUGAACAUGUUUCACAACAUACCCAGUGUGUGGAAGAAGGUUGCAAUUUCAAUGCACAUGAGAAGCUAGUUCAGAUACAUUGGAGGAAUGUGCAUGGUCCUGGUGCUAAAAAAAUAAAGUUAGAUACUCCAGAAGAGAUUGCUAGAUGGAGAGAAGAAAGAAAAAGGAAUUUUCCUACUGUGGCAAACAUUGAGAAGAAGAAGGUGAUGCAGAUGGAGAAGGAAGAGCGGGGAGAGGUGCUGACUACUCCACAGUUUGGCAAAAUGAAGGGGAUGUGGAAAGCUCCAGCAGAUGCAGAGAGGCCUGGGCAGCAAGGAAGACAGAAGAAAAAGCAAAAACGUCAAUUCUGGAAGAAGUUUAAGAGAAAUGGUGGCAGUGAUAAUGUGCCAUCACAAAAAAAUCAAGAUGCAGCUAAUGGACCAGAAAACCAAGCAUGUGAGCAAGAAGGUGAAAAACAGCCUGUCCCAGAGUCUCAGGCAUGCAUGAAGGACAUGGACCCUCUCAGCCUGCUGGCAAGCAGUGAUGUUGAGUCCGACAAGGAGGAAGAAGCUGCGGAAGACGGGAAGCUGGGAACUACUGUUGUUCCCAGGCAGGUCACCUCGGCCCUGAGCUCCUUGUCGGCCAACUACGGCAGCGCGUCGGAGAGCGAGCCCGAAGAAAUCCCUGUGAAGAUCGUAGCAAAACCUGAAGGAAACCAGGCUGUGCUCAGAAAUGCUUCUCAAGCUGCAAGUGUUCCCCAGGAUCCAACUGUGAACCAGGAGCGCGCGGAAGCCACCAGUGCAGCGUUAAGAAGCUCCAAUUCAACCGCAGGCACCCCCAGGGGCCCUGAUAAAUGGGGGAAGAAGCCCCUACCCCUCCUCCCGAAGCGGCGUCCAACUCUGCUGGAAAUGCUGCUGGCCCAGGACAUCCGGCACGAGAGGAACGUGAUUCUGCAGUGUGUCCGGUACCUCGUGCGGAACGACGCGUUCGGGCUCCGCGCCAAGGCCGAGGCGGCGGCAACGGAGCUCGCGCAGGAGCCGAAAGCCGCCGCAGAGCCUGUCACGGACCAGCUCCCCGGAGCGAGUGGCUCUUGUAGCUCUGCCCCUCGCCUAACAGGAGGAGAACAAGGGGUGUUACUGACAGCACAGAGUGAAGAAGCACCCGUAGGUCAGACCUCACAGAUGCCUCACUUGGAGGAUGAGGAGACGUGGGAAACGACAGCAGUUCACUGUGAAGAGGCGUCAUAGAAAACCCAGCCACGGCUCAGCUUUGCUACCUGACUGACACUUUUUGAAAGACACUACUAAUAACAAAAUUGUAACUCAAAUAAUGUAUAUUGAGAACUGCUAAAACCACUUUUCUAAUUGGUCCUACAUGAGGUCACCAUUUCCUUGUGACAGUAGCAUCCAUGUUGACUAGCUGCUUUUUCCCUGUGAAUGAAAAACAUCAAGGACCCAGAGCGUGGUCUUCACUUGAGUAUCUGCUGAUCCCUGCUUUUGAGCUUCGAACUUGGAGCUCCUUGCUUGCCUAAGAGGAAGCGAGUCGGAACUUAAAUCCAGUGCCAGAGCGAAGUGGUGUUUGGGUGAAGUGGCUCUCCCCAACCCGAAGUCAUGGCCGAGAGUGUCUGGAAGUACCUGGGUUUCUGGAAGUCUCUGAAUGUAGUUUUGAAGUGAUAAUUCAGUGUCAUUUUUCUUUCACCUGUUAUUGAUCUGAGGUAUAAAACAAAGAAGGGUUCAAAGGUAUAAAACGCAGUAUAAAACAAAAAAGGAAUAACUGACCUGACUCUAAAAGUACUGCACCUCCCUGAACUAAUCUUAAUCUGUUAAUUAAAUGGGGCAAUGGAAAGACAGCAAGGAUGUGAAGUAAUAAGCUUAAAAAAUGUGGGAUGUGGGGAAGAGUAGAGUCAGUAACUACCAACUGCUUCAUUUCUCUUUUUUUUUUGUUUUUUUUUUUUUGGACUUUAACCGUCUAUUGUUAAACCAUAGGCCUUAACUGCUGUCAUUGGCAUUGCCUGACACACCUAACCCUUGAAACAAACCUACUAUUGAGAAUAAGAAUUUAAUGUACUGAAUAUUUCUAACCUUAGCUACAUAUGUGUCCCUUCAUUUUUUUUAUAUGCACUGGGAGUUUGGGUUGGCCUUCUGGAAAAAAAUGUCUUCUAUGGGAUGUUUUUAUGAUGUUCCUGCAGCAUCUGGUGACUCUUUUUCCUUCCUGCAAUUGUGCAUUCAGUCAUUCUCCUGUGUGGUUGCACAUACCUGAGCUGUUUUGGGACACUGGAAAACCAUCAGCUAAGGUUUAGAAACAUGUUAUAUCUCUUGAUCACCUUGUGCAUUUGUUUGUCAGCAUCCUUGUCAUGUGCAGGUGUGAGUUGUCACCUUGACACUGGAAAACAUGUCCUGAAAGCAAUCGAGAACCAAAACCUCCACUGAAGAGGAAGCUCCGCACUUAAUCUUUUAGUCGUGGUUAAAUGUUGGAGUUAAAUUGUCUUCUCAGGGAUUGAUUUUUACUUGUUUUCUUUUUUGAUAGAAGCCUAGCCGUCCACACCAUGGCCGAAAACAUGAAGCUUCACUUGGGGCCUUCAGUUGCCUAAUAACUGUAUUUACUGCCCUGUUUGUUAACUUGCAAUUUGUGC